AUGGCUAGGGUACUGCUUGCCGUUGCGCUCGCGGCGACGUCACUCGCAUCUGCGCUUGAGCUGCCCGGCUCAAUUGCCUCACACUGUGCCUUCACGCUUGGCGAACGACAAUACGACCUAUGUCCUCUCUUUGCUGGCGCAGAGAGAGGGCAGAAGACGGCGGAACUCCGCUAUGCGGCAGAACCGGAGAAGGAAUCAGAGAUCGUCUAUCAAUUGUCGCUAGAUGGACCGCUGCAGAGGAACGAAGAGAUGCAGUGCGAAGAGGGAACAUGGGUGUGCAUGACAACCAUCAGCCGGCGGCCCAAGGCGCCUACUGCGACACAGCACGUUCCGAUCGUCAAGGCCCUUUCCUCUUCGGUGCAUACCGGCGUCUAUGAGCGGGAUGAUGGCCUGGUCAUGGUACUAUCGGGUGAACCGUACGCAGGGAGUCGGCUGAGGGCGCUAAUCGCAUUUGAGUGCGCGACCGAGGAAGGCGGUCUUGAGUUGGCGGUCUCCGGCGGCACCACUCACGCAUUCACCUGGCGCACGCCGCACGCGUGCCCACUACCCUCACCAUCCUUCGUCCGAUCAGCCUUAUUCGACAACAACGAGACACCAGACCACUACCACCGCUACCCCCUCAAGACCGACACUCCCCCUUCCGACCACGAGCACUCACCCGACCAUAACCAUCGCUACCCGCCCAAAGACCGUACCUCCACCCCACCCAAAGACGGCAAACCUGAAUCCGACCUUCUUCCACCCGUCAACGACCACAUCUCGCUGCGCACCGUCGCGAUCGUCCUUGUCUCGUCUUUCGCGACGGUUGGAGGACUGUAUUACUUUGCGACACACCCGCCUGCGUGGUCGAAGCCUUAUUAUAGGGCUGUUGGGAGGAAGAUGAGGAGGUUGAGGAGGUGGCGCGGGAGGCCGGGCGAGAGUAGGUUGUUGAGGUGGGCUGAAGAGGAAUUGCCGACGUUUGGGUUGGACGAGGAUGAGUACAGUGAAGAAGACGAGAUGGUGAACGCGCGUGCGCAAGCUGAGAUGGGGUUAGACGUCGAGGAGGGCGAGAGGUUGCCUCUGAAGCCUAGCAUGCUGUUCUCGUCGACUGCUCCCUCGAAGGGGUACGGAACGUACGGAGCCUGA